AUGACUCUCUCUGGCGGUCGUAUCGUGGAGGACGUAUGCUGUAUAUCCCCAGCAGCUGAUGUCCCUGCCGCCAACCCCAGUUCGGAGUUCUUGAAAAACUUACCCGCUGUGCUGGAGAAAGCUCGGGUCGAUGGAGGUAUCCCAGGCAUGAGUGUUGCCAUUAUGCACAAGGGUGAACUCGUUUUUGCUCAGGGCUUUGGAAAACGUAACCUCAAGGACCCAUUUACCAGAGAGACUGUGUCACACAUCGCAUCGGUGACAAAGUCAUUUACCGCAACAGCAAUUGGCGAACUAGUUGCCGAAGGAAAAGUGGAUUGGGAUACGACACCAGUCUCUGAAUACCUCCCCGAGUUCCAACUCAAGGACUCGAUCUUGACGUCGCAAUUGACUUUUGCUGACAUGUUAUCACACCGCACGCCAGUCCCACCCAUUGACAUGGCAUGGUUCAGGAGCAAGGAGGCGACAAGGACACACAUCACACAGCUGAAACACCUCGACUUGCCCUCCUCGAAGCUAUCGCCCACCGUCAACUACAACAACAUCAUUUACGCUGUCGCAGGAGAAGCGGCAGCCAAUGUUGCUGGAAUGUCGUAUCGAGAGUUGAUCAAAGUCAAGUUAUUCGAACCUCUGGGAUUCAAGAAUGCAGGACUUUCACAGCUGGAGAUGGCGAAACACCCCGAAUUCGCCAUGCCCUACGACGCUGCCACAUUCGAGGAUGCAAGGAACGGGAUUCGUGAAGAAGGGUACAUCGACGAGAUCCCAAUGGCCUACGCUCCUGCAGGCGACAUAUACAUGAACGUCAUGGAACUGGCCAAGUGGGGAAGAAUCAUCCUGAAAGAAGGAGAGCUCGAUGGAAAACAGGUCUUGAACAAGGAGAGUAUCCAGGAGACACUAAAGCCGCACAACAUUGAGAAUCUUCCUCAGCGUCGCCGUGACUUUGCACCGACCAUGGGAUAUGGUUUCGGCUGGAUGCUGGACUCUUACAAGGGUCGCACCAUCAUACAACAUAGUGGAUGCUACGCUGGCUACUGCUCGAAUUUGGCGUUCUACCCCGACGACGACCUAGUCGUUGCUCACCUCACCAACAUCUACGUCACCGGUCUCCCAACCAAUCUACCUUACUACAUCGCAGACGGACUCCUGGAACUCCCCAAGACGACCGACUGGAUAAACGAGGUCACCCCCAAGAAAACUCAGGAGGCCUACGACAUGCUCGCCAUGGUCAGAAACGGCAACCUCCCUGACCGUAUCGAAGGCGGGCCUCGCCGCCACAAGUUAAUCGACUAUGUCGGUGACUACAUCCACCCCGUCCAUGGCAAGAUCACAGUUACCCUCCAGGAGGAAGACAACAACGGCAGUGUCUUGCAUAUGAAAAUCAGGACCUUGGAGAGCAAGCUGGACCACUACCACUACGAAUCGUUCAAGGGAUACCUGCACGACUUUGUUCUGAAGGGUAACAUCCUUUCCACAUUCCAGACAGGCAGUAAAGGAAACGUGGAUGCCAUCCACGUUUCCUUCAUGGGUUCAGAUCUGAUACCUUUCAUGAAGAUGGAUAAGAUUCCGGAACCCUAG